UGCGGAAGUGAGAAGUUUUUUUCUGUGUGUGGAAGUUACAGAGCCUGGGUCAUGGAGCUCGGCGCCGGAUGGAUGCGGAGGCCGGGGAUCGGGGCUGGCGGGCCACUGCUCCUGCUCACCCUGCUGUCCCACUGGCCUGGCGCUGCGGCGACUUUCGGCCAGCCCUCGGACUCGGAGUUUACCUUCGUGCUUCCGCCCGGGAGAGAGGAGUGCUUCUACCAAAGCGCUGCCCACAACAAUACCAUGGAGCUCGAGUACCAGGUGAUUGGAGGAGCGGGCCUUGACGUUGACUUCUCUGUGUUUGGCCCAAAUGGUGAAAACCUGAUCAGAGAAUCCAGGAGGUCUGACGGUGUCCACACCAUCGAACCUACAGUGGAAGGGGAUUAUAAAAUCUGCUUUGACAAUUCCUUCAGCACCAUUUCUGAGAAGGUCAUCUUCUUUGAGGUAAUUUUUGAUGAUGUCCAGGAGGACUGGUCAGAGAUUGUAGAACCCGAGGAGCUGCUGGAUGUUAAGAUUGACGAUAUCAAGGAGGCGAUUGGGAAUAUGAACCACAAGCUGGACAAGAGCGUGCAGAUCCAGGCCGUCCUCCGAGCCUUUGAGGCACGAGAUCGCAACCUGCAGGAGGGCAACUUGGGCAGAGUGAAUUUUUGGUCCGCCGUUAAUCUGGGAGUGAUGUUGGUGGUGUCCUUUGUCCAGGUCUACAUGUUGAAAAGUCUCUUCGAUGACCGGAGAAAAGUCCAAACGUAAUUUAAGAAACUGUAAGUUGAAGCAGAGGUGUGAACUGGUACGGCUGAUUAGAUGCAGCUUAUUCCCUUGGUUUGGGGUAAUGCGUGGUGUAUGCUGGAUUCUUUGGGCAAUUGGGAAACAGGAGGAUGAGGGGAAGAUUGAUGCAAAUUGUACUUAACGGUGGCUGUAAAAAAAAGAUUUACAGAAUACUGAGAAUGUUAAAUAUGUACAUUGAUACCAGUGGGCUUAUUGUUAAUAAAAUAGAGCAGAGGUUCUGGGUGUCAGG